GCUGCGGCGCAGCUGACUCCUUCCUAGCCCAGGCUGCUCCGAUCAUGUCAGCCAGCAGUUGCAGCUUCGCGGACAGGUGCGUGUCCCUGCUGCGCUGCAGGUUCUGCCAACAAGUGCUAAGUUCCCGGGGCAUGAAGGCGGUGCUGCUGGCUGACACAGACACAGACCUCUACUCCACAGACAUUCCUCCCACCAGUACUGUUGACUUCAUUGGAAACUGCUAUUUCACAGAAAUUUGCCAGUGUAAACUGAAGAAUAUUGCUUGUUUGAAAUGUGGGAAUGUUGUAGGCUACCAUGUGAUUGCUCCAUGCAACCUUUGCCUGUUCUCCUGCAACAAUGGGCACUUCUGGAUGUUUCACAGCCAGGCCGUUUUCGGAAUUAACAGGCUCGACUCCUCUGGUACAGACUUACUGCUCUGGGGCAACCUGCCAGAUUCAGAGAGUACGGAUGAAGAUAUAUCAGGCAUCUCUGAAGACGAGUACAUCAGAUAAAUGUUAUCAGCAGCAUACUUUAUAGUGUGUGUCUCAUGUUCACCAGAAGCUUGAUGUACAAAUUCCAGCAAUGUAGUACAAAGCAGGGGGAAUGCUUCAAAUGACAAUACCUGUUGAUCUUAAGACUGCCUGAUCUAUAUGCAUCCUGCUGUAUAACUUGACGAGCAUGUGAAGGUUAAAAAUACAGUCCUUUCUUGUUCACUGUCUGAUGAGAUAGAACUGCCAUCCACAAGCAUAUCUGGCUUCUGCAAUUGCUUUCUAUUGUUUGUUUCCUAAAGGACAGUGUUGCCGUGGACAAGAUUUGCUAGGAUCAGUCAAGGGAAUGAACUCCUUCCCCCAACCCCUGUGGUCACGGUAUAGUAAGGAAGGUCUGGUAGCACUUUGUUGUCAUUCAUCCUAUCUGACCUCCAUUUUCCUGCUCUGAUUGUUGGGACAUGGGAUGCAUAUUGUUUCUCUUCAGGGGUCACAGUUAAUGCUGCUGCAUGGGGAUCUAGCAGAGCAUUCUGACGCUAAUGUUGGCAGUCUUCCACAACCACAUGUUUGUAUAAUGUAAGAGAGAGGGAUUGGCGAGCUCUUAAAUCAAGUUCUUUCCAUAUCAGCUGUUCAAGUGUAGCAUGAUGUUCAGUUUUUCUAAAAGGCUCGCUUUCGAGGAAACCUGAACAGCGUUUUGCUGCCAGCGCACA